AUGGUAAAUAAAUUCGAUACGGUAAAUAGAAAAGAAGAAGACAUAAUAAAAAAACUAAAUUACAAAAAUAUCAAUGAUGUAAGAAUACAUGAAUUAAAUAGCGUUAAGAGCAAUAGACGAAUUUACCUCAAAAAGGGAAGUAUGUUUUUUCUAAGUUCAAAAGAAGAAGCAUUAAAAAGUUUAAAUGACGCUAGUAUCGGUAACAAUUGUAAUAAUAACAUGUAA